CCCACAAUGUUAGGCGUGCGCUCUCUGCUUCUCCUCUGGGGUCUAGUGACUCCUUGCCACGGACUGCUCGAGACAGUGGGCACACUCGCUCGGAUCGACAAGGAUGAGCUCGGCAAAGCCAUCCAGAACUCGCUGGUCGGGGGACCCAUUCUGCAAAAUGUGCUGGGAACAGUGACAUCCUUGAACCAGGGCCUCCUGGGAUCAGGAGGUCUGCUCGGAGGCGGCGGCCUGCUGAGCUACGGCGGGGUGUUUGGCGUGGUUGAGGAGCUCUCUGGGCUGAAGAUAGAGGAGAUGACCCUGCCCAAGGUGUUGCUGAAGCUGCUGCCGGGCUUUGGGGUGCAGGUGGACCUCCACACCAAGGUGGGCCUGCAUGGCUCUGGCCCCCUGGGCGGCCUGCUGCAGCUGGCGGUGGAGGUGAACGUGUCGUCGCGGGUGGCACUGGGCGUGAGCUCGCGAGGCACCCCCAUCCUCAUCCUCAAGCGCUGCAGCACGCUCCUGGGCCACAUCAGCCUGCUCUCGGGGCUGCUGCCCGCUCCGCUCUUUGGAGUGGUGGAGCAGACACUCUUCAAGGUGCUGCCAGGAUUGCUCUGCCCCGUGGUGGACAGCGUGCUGGGUGUGGUGAAUGAGCUCCUGGGCUCUGUGCUGAGCCUGGUGCCCCUUGGGGCUCUUGGGUCCAUGGAAUUCUCUCUGGCGACACUGCCUCUCAUCUCCAACCAGUACAUAGAACUGGACAUCAACCCCAUCGUCAAGGGUGUGGCCGGUGAUAUCAUCGACUUUCCCAAGCCCCCCAAGCCUGUCAAGGUGCCUCCCAAGGAGGACCACACCUCCCAGGUGACCGUGCCCCUGUACCUCUUCAACACCGUGUUUGGACUCCUGCAGACCAACGGCGCUCUGGACAUCGACAUCACCCCGGAGCUGGUUCCCAGGAACGUCCCCCUGACAACCACAGACCUGGCGGCUUUGCUUCCUGAGGCGCUGGGCAUGUUGCCUGCCGGCCAGCACCUCCUGCUCUCCCUGCGGGUGAAGGAAGCGCCCUCGGUCUCACUCCAGAACAAGAAGGCCACCAUCUCCAUCCCCGCUGCCCUCCACGUGCAGUCCUAUGUCCCCACAGGGACUCCGGAAGCCCUCUUCGAGCUGAAAGUGGUCAUGACUCUGAGUGCCCAGCUGGCUCCCUCAGCUACCAAGCUGCACCUCUCCCUGUCCCUGGAACGGCUCAGUGCCAAGCUGGCAUCCUCCUAUUCCCGGACCUUUGAUGUGUCCCGUUUGGAAGAAUGGCUGAGCGAUGUGGUCCGGGCGGCCUAUGUGCCGAAGCUCAACGUCGCUUUGGAUGUUGGAAUCCCUCUUCCUAAGGUUCUCAAUGUCAAUUUUGCCAAUGCGGUCCUAGAGGUAAUAGAGAAUGCUGUUGUGUUGACCGUGACAUCCUGAGUCUGAGAGGUGGCCGCCAUUCCUCCC